AUGCACGCCUCACGUAUUUUGUCUCUCUCUGCUGUUUUGGUCUUACUACUUAGCGCCUGCAGAGCUACACUGCCAGAGAUCAUCCAAAACAGCGAAGCUGGCAUCAUAUACUUAUGGAAAGAAGCCGAAGCCGGCCGUUUCAGGUACAACCUGAACAGAAACUAUCCUUCCUUGAUGGCGUCUUGGCCAGAGUACUUAAGGCAACAUGGUCGAAGUAUCAUCCAUGCGCAUUACACAAACACAGCCUGGCUUCAUCCUAAGACUCGAAAGCUGCCAAGAGGCUGGUUUGCUGUAGACAAGGAAGCUCUUCUAGGACGAGCCGACGGAACUUCGCCUUACGAUUACCAUUUUGGUCGCUCCCGGAUCAUCGCUCGAGAGACUGUAAAGAUGCUGGUGGAAGACUUUGCUCGCCGCAAGAAAGAUGCUGACGUAGCGGUUUCGAACCAAGCCGUUCAAGAAGGAGCCGAAAGCAGCCAUGGAUGA